UUUGUAACGGUCAUUUAGUUUUUGAAAGUGCUUGAGAGUUUUUGUGAUUAAACUUUUAAGAAAAAACCUGAAAAAGUGGUAAUAACUGCACCCUUGUGUACUACACACAAUGGCUGAACGCAAGAAUCCGUUAUUUCAUAUCCAGGUCUACGUUAGACAAAGACCCUACUUUAAAAGUGAAAUUCGUGCCAAGCAAUCUCCUGUUAUUAAAUUUUCAAGUCAAACCGAACUCGCCCUUGAGCAUGGGGCAAAUGAGAAAAACUAUAUUUUCGAUAAAGUCUUCGGGAGUGGAGCGUCACAAGCCGAGGUUUAUGACGUGGUUGUGCGCCCCUUGGUCGACUCGAUGCUCUUAGGGUGCACUUGCACCGUUUUUGCAUACGGACCGACUGGAACGGGCAAAACUUACACCAUGGUUGGGGACACAGUCAAUCCGUCCGUUGAUUUUAUUAACGACUCUUCGGUGGGAAUGGUACCAAGGGCGGCGGCUGAUAUUUUUGAUAAACUAUCGCGACUUGGGGUUGAAUACAACGUUAAUGUUUCCUAUGUUGAAAUAUACAGUGAAGAAAUCCGCGAUCUUUUAUUCUCCGACAGCCCUAGCUUGAGAAUCUACGAUGACCCGAACAAUAAGGGGGCCACAUGCAUCAAGGGCGUGUCUGAAGUGCCGGUGAAAAAUUGCAACGAACUAUUUGAAAUGUUGAUGAUUGGAGCGAAUUAUCGUCAUAUCGCUUCCACUAAUAUAAACCGUCAAAGCUCACGUUCUCAUACCAUUUUUACUAUUGUUGUUACCAUUCGAGAAGUAACCAAUGGUGAAGAGAUUGUUAAAACUGGUAAAAUCCAUUUGAAGCCAACGUACGAUUAUCCGAAAAAGAUCAAUUCGGAACUCUCCAAGGAAGUUUUGAAAAAGGAGUUCAAGAAGACGCUUCUACACGAGACCCAAGAUAAUGAUGCAAACACCCCGAGGGAUGAUGAUAACUGA